ACGCAGCAUCCACGGAUAGCCCCUCGACGGCCUCAGCAUCUCAACUUCAACAUCCAACUCUGUCCAGCAACAGGUAGCAAAACGUGAAUGAAAGAGAACCUUCCUUACUCAAUUUCGAUUUGACCAUAGCACUGUGUUGCCGCAGAUUCACCAUGUCGAAUUGUUUUACUCCGAACACGAUAUACGCAGCGCUGUAUAGGCGCAUGGAUAGCCGGUACCACUGGGCCAUGAUCCUUGCAGAAGGGCCUGAAAAUGGUUACAAGUUACACGCCACCAACAUUCCCGACCCUGCGGAAUGGCAUUACGAGCGGGAGGUCUACUCAAUCGACAACGAGAGGAAACCUCUGGUGCUAAUGGCCAAGAUAGGCUGCGUACCUGCAGAUAUGUCAAUCGCAGAAGCCGAGAGUAUCUUAGGAGAGAUACCCAUGGAGACGCCACAGCCCGAUUCUCCACAUCCGUUUACGUGCCGUAUAUGGUUCCGCGAAGGUAUCCGAAGGUUGUCCGCCGCGGGACUGAUGCAAUGCGUGUCCGUCAAUGCUCUGGAAUACGAGCUGGUGGAUAUAGCGGACGACCAUUCCAACCUUGUGGCACUGGGGUUACGUCCCUGGAAGUUACACGAGGAGAUUCGGAGUGUUCAUUAGUUCAUUCAAGACGACGAGCAUAGUUUGGCAAAUGUAUUUUUUUUUUUUUUUUUUUUUUU